AUGAUUGGUUGGCGACGGAGCGGCGAUCAGGCGAGCGACGCUGCCGGCGGCAACGCAGGAUCGCAACGGCAAGAGGAGCCUGCACGCGGGGGGGAGGACGAGAGGGCGGAGCUCAGCCUGGCUGACGGCAUGGCGGCUGGUGCUGGCGACUCGCUUGUGGGUGGAAAGCCCCUGUCCAUGCGAGAGUACGUGCGACUGUCGCAAAUGCUGCGCGCUCAGGUGGUCGAUGACUCCGACGCCCCUCCCCCCACUGCCGCACACCGCACUGACGCCCCUUUUAACACGUCCACACCGUUCCAAACACCUGCUGUCGCAACAACGCCCUUCCACACGCCUGCUAUAGCAGCAACGCCCUUCCACACGCCUGGCGGUUUCAAACCCGCUCCUGGCGGCUCAAACCCCGCUUCCAGUGGCUUCAAAUCCACGCCGUUCCAUACCCCAGGCGCGGCGGCAGCAGCAGCGCCUGUCACGCCGUUCUUUGACGCAGCACGCACCUUCGCCGCUCCUCCCAAAGGCGCUGAUAGGACGGUCCCCCCAGGAAGGGGAUUUGCUGGAAGGGGGUCUGCGGGAAAGGGGUUGUCUGGCGGAGAUCCGGGAUCUAGAUUCGCCACGCCGGUGACCAAUGGUUGGGCGUCGCCUGCUGACGUGGAUGGCGGUGCUGCUGACGGGGACGAGGACGAGGAGUUUCACACGCCCGAUGGCGGGGCGUCACCGGUGGAUAUCGCCAAGGCGUACAUGAGAGGGGACCUCCGCGCUGCUUCCGCCGCUGCCGCCGCUGCUAUUGCUGCCGGUGCAGGUGGUAGCGGUGCUGGUGGCGGUACCCCUACUGCUGCUGUUGCUGCCGCUGCUGCUGCUGAUGCUUAUGAUGAUGAUGAUGCUGAUCCGUCUCCUGGCGGCGAGGGUGGGGAGGGGAGGGCGAGCGGGUGGGGUGAGAUGGUGGUGGUGGGCUCUCGACGACCCUCGGAUGCUGUUUUGGGAGACGCGUGGGGGCAGCAGGCGCAGCAGCAGCAGGAGGAGGAGCAGGUUGGGGAGGAGGAGGAGGAGGAGGAAGAGCAGCAGCAGCGGGACGAGGAGGAACAGCAGGGGGGGGAGGAAGAGGAGGUUGGAUGGGGAAGGGAGAGGGAGGAUGGUAACGGGGAGUUGGUGCGAGCUGUGUUUCCAGGCGCUGCUGCUUCUCGCAGCCGCAAUGGUGCUCCAGUGCCUGCCACGCCUAAGUCCGCCAAGCGAGCUCGCGUCGCUGACGAGGCAGAUGCUGAUUGGCUGAGGGGAACCGAGUCAGCACGACGCACUCGCCCGCGUGCCUCCCACCAGCCCAACCGCCUUGCGCUAGUCUCCUUCCCUCCCGGCCCUACCUCUUUCCCCGGUCCUAUCUCAAGACCUUCAGAUUUCCGUUUGGGUGUUUUAGCUGCCCCUCCCCUCCCUCCCCCUGCGCUUUUUUCUGCUGGGGCUGGAAGUUUUCUUCCCUCUGCCCGGCUUCGCGGGCAGGCUGCCCGCUCGCACGGCUUUGCCUCUCGCAGCAGCAGCGGCGGGCCACGCAUGCUGCCCGGGGAGCUGCCUGGGUUUUCUCUGGGUGCAAAGAAAGGCGCGUGGGAUAAGGCGUUUGAAGGGGUGGGAGACGGUGGAGGGCUGUUCCCAGAGAGGGAUACGUUUGGGCUGUUCGGGCGUAAGGGGGCAGGCAGAGAGGGGAGUAGGCGGUUAGAACAAGCCAGGCGCCAGCAGGGUCUGGAGCAGCAGGGGCAGAGGCAGCGGCGAGAGGGGCAGCAGCGGGUGGGGCAAAAUGUGCUGUCUGGGAUGAGCCUUACCCCUGGCAAGUCACUAGAAACGGCUCAAAAGAUCCUUGCCAAGCUGGAAGAUAUCACAGGCGCGGGGGCGCAGGGGUGGAUGGGUGCAGGGCGGGGUGAGGGGCGCGGAGGCAUGGGGGGAAUCGGAGGGGGAGGAGGGGGGGACGGGGUUGGCAGUGGUGCUGGUGGGGAUAGGGGUUUGGGUGGGUUUGGUGGGGUAAGCGGGGAUAGGAAUGGGUUUGGUGGGUUUGGUGGGGAUGGGGUUGAGUUUGGCGAUCGGGGCGUGGAUGGCUGGAAGAGAUUGCUGGGCCCAAGAUCCAGGGUUGGCGAUCGGUUCGGGGCAGGUUCGGGUGCAGGUCUGGGUGCAGGUUUGGGCUUAGGGCGGGGGGGCAGGCGGGGGGAGGGGGACGAUAUAGUGGCACCACCCUUGACGUUCCUCCCCACGUACAUGCACAGAAGGGCUGCUGGUGACCUCCCGCCCGCGCACCCUGCUCCAGGUGGUUUCUCAGGUGCCGGUGUGAGUGUUGCAGGUGUGCCUGCUGCUGCUGAUGGUGACGCUGCUGCUGCUGGUGUGAGUGCUGCAGGUUUUGGUGCUAUUGGUGGGUUGGAGUGGGUGGGGCAGAAAGGGAAGGGGAAAGAGGUGGUGCGGGCACAGGCUCGGGGGCAGGUAUGGGUUCGGGCACAGGUGUGGGAGCAGGUUCGGUUUGGGGAGUGGGUGCAGGUGCAGCUGCAGGUACUGCAGCAGGUUCGGGUGCAGCAGCUGCAGGGGCAGGUGCAAGCACUGGGGGCUGGAGGAGAGGCGGAGAGAGAGCCAAUUGCCACGUCAUCCGACCAGCCGACCAUUAUGAUUCGUCCACGUGGAUCCCCUGGUGCCACGUCAGCAGGAGGGGGUGCAGGUGCAGGGGUUGCUGAGGGUUUUUCGUUCCAUGGCUCAGGGGCAGCCAUGGCAGGCUCGGCGUUCCCGUCUGCAGGUUUGGCAACCCCGAAGCUGUUUGGUUCGGGCAGCGUUUCCAAGUCCCAGGCCUCUCCACCUGGAGCUGCUUCGGGCGAGAAGAAGAGUGCAGGGACCGCCGAGCCUAAGUUCAGCUUCGGCAGCAAGCCAGGCUCGGCCGCAGGUCUGGAUUUCAGCCGGGUGCUUGGCAAGGCAGCAGAGAAAGAGCAAGAGCAACCAGCUACAGCAGCAUCUGCAGAUGCUCGGAAGUUCCAAUUCCGCUCGCCAGCACUGUCCUUCAGCAAGGCUGUCUUUUCACCAUCGCAUGCCACGAAGCCAUACUCCCCUGCUGCUCCUGUUGCUGCUGCUGUUGCUGCUGCUGCUGCGACUGCUCCUGCGGGUGCUGUCGCUGCGAUUGCCGCUGCCAGCGCUACUGCUGCUGCCACAGCGCUUCAGCCCCCGUCCUCGCCGCCCUCCCCACUCACUCCUGUCGCUUUCUCAUUCGGAUCCCCCGCUGCCACCACUGGCACUGCUGCUGCCGUCGCUUUUACAGCUGGUGAUAAGCUGCAGGGGCUGGGGCAGCAGAGCCAAGUGACCAAGGCCCUGUUUGCCACGUCCUCCCCUUUCUCAUCGUCUGUGGUCCCCAGCUUUGGGGGUGGGAAAGACACCACCGAUGCUGGACCAGGCACGGGCACGGGAUUCGGCACAGGAACGGGAAUGGGAACAGGUUCGGAGGGGACGAAAGCGGCAAGUGCUGCUCCGGUGUUUGCCUUUGGUGCUUCUGCCACACCUGCCACCGCACCAGCCAAGAGUGGCUUCGCGUUUGGUGCCUCCGCCACUCCUGCCACUGCACCGGCUAAGCCAAAGAAGCGAGGAGGCGGCGGUGGUGGUUUUGGUGGUGGUGGUGGUGGCGGUGGUUUUGGUGGUGGUGGUGCCUCUGAAUGGAAAGCUGCUGGUAGCCCUUUUGCUGUUGCUGAUGGUGAUGGUGGUGCGUUCCCCAACCCGUUUGUUAAGCGGCCGUCCAUCUCACCAGCUGAGAAACCCGACACACCAGGAUCCGCCUCCGCUUCCUCCUCUCCUUUUGCUCCGUCCUCCCCCUCCCCGUUCUCGUCCUCUCCGUUCAAAUUUGGGGCAUCACCAGGAGCAGAAGCAGGGGCUGAAGCAGUAGGAGGAGCAGCGGGAACAGCAGGAGGCACGGCAUCUGCUCCCAAGUUCUCCUUUGGCUCUGCCUCUCCCUCCGCUGCUGCUGCAUCCUCAGCUACACCAGCCCCCAGCUCCUCCUCCCCAUCCCCCUCGCCCCCUUCGCUGUUCUUUGGCACCACCACAGCCACAACAGCAACUGGUACCACCUCACCCGCAGCAACAGGUGCUUCAAAAGUAACAGCACCAGCACCAGCUGCAGCAGCAGCAGCAGCAGCAGCAUCUGCUCCUAUCUUCUCCUUCGGUGCUGCAGCCUCCUCCUCCCCCUCUCCAACACCCACACCCUCCUCCACACCGGCUUCCACCACUCAGUUCUCCCCUUCAAACCUCACCACUGCUUUCGCUCCCCCGACAGCCUCCUCUGCUCCGGUCUUCUCCUUCGCCUCUAAAGGCCCUUCCGCUGCUGCUGUUGCGCCAUCUCCUUCGGCUGGCUCAUCUGGUGCUGCUGUUGCCUCAUCUCCAGCUGCAGCCUCAUCCCCUGCUGCCUCGCUCUUCUCGUUUGGUGCUGCCCCGUCCACCCCGCAAUUCUCCUUUGGCAAGCCUGCAGGCUUCACCCCUCCUCCUGCUGCAGCUGGUAAUACGGCUGAUGCUGAUGGUUCUGGUGAGAAUGGUAAUGGCAGCAACGGUGGUGCACCGGCACCUGCUUCGCCGUUUGGGGGGUUUGGUGCGGUUGGGAAUGGUGGGGGGUUCGUGGGGACGCCUGGGGAGUUUUCACUGGGUGCGGGGGGGGAUGCAGGGGAGAAGACACCGGCAGCGGCGAAGCACAAGGGGUACUUGCGGCGAGGAGUGAAGGAGGUGGCCAAGGCCGUGCGCAAGGGCGAGAGGGGGUGA